GUAUUGAGUUUUGUAUACUAUUUGCUUGUUAUGGACUAAACAUAACAAUUAUAUACCGUUAUCUUGUUUUGUACGUCAGAUAUUCGUGGGUUAUGGAACUUUUAAGGGGUCCAUUAAAAAAGUAUAUCCUUGAAAUCUGAUCACGCUGUAAAAUUUGUAAUUAUAUCUACAAAUGAUGAAUUUUGAUUUUUAUGUAGUUAUUUCGUACGUCUAACCACAAUGAGAGAUCGAAACAAACUGUCCGAAAUUUUGGAUAUCAUUGAACUAGAGUCAGAAAAUAAACCAUCUGAUAACACAGAAAAUAAGGAACUUGAUGAGCUAGUGAAUCUGGUACAUAGCCUAGAUAAGCCUUCUUUGUUUAAAGUUUUGAACGUGGUAGAAUCAAAAUGCAAUGUAUCGGAGAUCAUAAAGGAACAUGCUCCAGAGGCUUAUUCUAAGCAUGUAAUGGAUCCUGAAAUGGUUGUAACUGAUGCUACCACAGGAAUACCAUUGUUAGACCAAAGUGAUGAUAUGUCCAUGGAAUUUGAUACAAAAGAAGCUGAGUCUUCAUUCACGAAGACGUUUGACCAUGAAUAUUACAGGAAAAUAGCAAAAUAUGCCCCUAUAAGACUAACUUACCAAGAGCGUAAACUCAUGAGAUUAUUAGAUAGCACGUUACACGUCAGUGAAUAUACUGACAAGGUUGAUAUAAUUCAUGAAGGGAAUAAAUCGCGUGUAAUUCUCAAGGAAAUCAAGGAAGUUUCUGCAAUUUUGAGCGGCCUCGCAAUCGCAUACAAUUAUGAAGCAGGGCAAAAAUUAAUUCGCGACAGAGAAUACCACACUAAUGCUGACUUUUUUCGAAAUAUAUUUGAAAUAGGGAGGCGAUACAAAAUUUUAAAUCCAGACCGUAUGCGAAAUUCUUACGGAAAGUUAGUACAUUUUCUUAUGGAUUCCAGGAAGCCUGAAAUUCGGGAAUUACUGAAUUUUGAUUGUGUUGCUCCCGUUAAUACAGUUUUGAGUUUUCUUUCAAAGAAAAAGAACGGUCUUGCCAUGCUUGCCGACCCCAAAAUUAAGAUAGCCACAAUGGAAAUAUCUCCCGAGGGGAAAACACGAUCUCAGAUACAGCAUGAAAUAGCUAUGAAGGAGGAUGCUGUAAAAUAUAUGGUUUCAAAGUAUGCUGCAAAGAAAAGUUCAGGUUUGAUUAGCAUGAGCUUUUCGUUUUUGGCGAGAAAUUUCCAGAGUCAUGAUGCUGCAGACGAUGAUGGAAUGACAAGUGAUGAGGUAGAAUCUUGUUUGUAUUCCAUUUGUGAUCACCAUUCUCAUCUACGUUCUUUUAGACGUCCGUGUGAUCUUAUGAUUUCAUAUUUGAAGGAAAACUUCAACCCUAAUGAUCAGAAUCCAGAAUAUAAUCUUGCUAUAAAUGCAGGUUCUGAAGGCUCUCGGUUAAGUCACAACCAUUCUAGACAAUAUACUUAUGUUUUGCAAUCACUCUCCCUAUGGCGUGAGAUAGCACAUGAUAUGUUUGCCCUAUGGCAUUUCGCAGAGUCUGAUCUUUUGGAUUCAGAGAAUCCUUACAGACUUAGGAACACGGGACAAGGCCUUAAUAGAGUUCAGGAAGGCCCUCAUAUAUUAAAUGCAAUGAGACAAAUUCUUAGGCGUGUUCAAAUGAAUGUAGGUACAUGGGUAGGAUCACAUGCAAUUCAUCUUGGAGAUCAUAACGUUCCGAAUUCAUUCAUUUUUAUAGAUAAAUACACACAGAUACCCCGCAUUCUAACUCCCAUAGUCACAUGCCUGGAGAAGAUUCCGGAAUUGUAUAACACCACUCAAGCUAUGAAGCAAUACAUUGAUUCUCAGUUUAGAGGACCGCGCAAUCUCAAAAUGACAAUACUCACUGAUUUUUUCAGACAUGCCUUUGAUGGAAGCGGAGCCGACAAUUUUAAUGACGCCGGCAGCUGCAUUGAUGGGAGACUGACAUCAGCGUGGAAUUGGUGUUCCAAGAUAGAAAAGAAGCCUUACUUUCCCAUUUUCCUACUCACAGGAUUCUGUGGAUUUGAUGGAAGAUUUGAUGAAGGAUAA